CUCACCCCCCUCCUCUCUCUAGACAUUUCCUUCUCCCCUUCACACCCUCUCUCUCUCUCUCUCUCUCUCUUCCUCCAUGAAAAUGGCGGCAGUGCCGGCGCUGCCAUUGAAAUUCAACCCACCCUCCACCACCUCCCCCCGCUCCUGACCCAAAUUCCUCGCUGUCAGCCCACUAAAAAGAGCACUGAGAACAGGGGAGUGUUGGUAGGAGACGGUCGGAAAGCUCGCAAGCCGACCACUCACCAUAAUGAUCUCAGUCCUCAACUCUCUCCCCCCUCUUGCCCCUUACCUGGUCACCCUCCUCGCGCUCCUCGUCCUCCUCGAGCAGAUCUCCUACCUCCGCAAGCGCCGCCACGUCCCGGGCCCCCUCGCCGUCUUCCCCUUUCUCGGCAACGCCGUCCCCCUCGUCACCGACCCCACCCGCUUCUGGGACCAGCAGUCCCGCCUCGCCUCGUCCUCCCCCCACGGCUUCUCCGCCAACUACCUCGUCGGCCGCUUCAUACUCUUCAUCCGCGACACCGAGCUCUCCCACAAGAUCUUCGCCAAUGUGCGCCCCGACGGGUUCCACCUCGUCGGCCACCCCUUCGGCAAGAAGCUCUUCGGCGAGCACAAUCUGAUCUACAUGUUCGGCCAGGAGCACAAAGACCUCCGCCGCCGGAUCGCCCCCAACUUCACCCUGCGGGCGCUGUCCACGUACACUGCCCUACAGCAGAUCAUCGUCGUGAAGCACCUCCAGAGGUGGCUCGAGCUCUCGUCGAAGGCCGCCCCGGGGCCGAUCGCGCUCCGGCUGCUCGCGAGGGACAUGAACCUCGAGACCUCCCAGACCGUUUUCGCAGGGCCGUACCUGGGCCCCGCCGCCCGGGAGCGGUUCAACACGGACUACAACCUCUUCAACGUUGGCCUCAUGACGCUCCCUUUCGACUUCCCGGGGUUCGCCUUCCGGAAGGCCCGGUUCGCCGUUGACCGGCUGGUGGACACGCUGACGGGAUGCGUGGAGCAGAGCAAGGCGAGGAUGGAACUGGGCGAGGAGCCGUCCUGCCUGAUCGAUUUCUGGAUGCAGGAGACCGUCAGGGAGGUCGCCGCUGCCAAGCAGACCGGCGAAGCCGCGCCGCUGCACCCCGGCGACAGAGAGAUCGGCGGGCACCUCUUUGACUUCUUGUUCGCCGCCCAGGACGCCUCCACGUCGUCACUGCUGUGGGCGGUCACUCUGCUCGACUCCCACCCCGUCGUUCUGGCAAAGGUGCGCGAGGAGGUCGCUAGAAUAUGGUCGCCGGAGUCCAACACGCUGAUCACCGGCGAGCAGCUGAGGGAGAUGAAGUACACCGAGGCGGUAGCACGUGAAGUCAUCCGUUUCCGAGCUCCGGCGACAAUGGUCCCGCACAUCGCCGGGGCGGACUUCCCGUUAACCAAGGACUACACCAUCCCCAAGGGCACAAUCGUGUUCCCAUCAGUCUAUGAGUCGUCUUUCCAGGGGUUCACUGAGCCAGACCGGUUUGACCCGGACCGGUUCAGCGAGCCCCGGCACGAGGACAAGCUCUACAAGUGGAACUUCCUGGCCUUUGGGGCUGGAGCCCACCAGUGCGUGGGCCAGCGUUAUGCAUUGAACCACCUCAUGCUCUUCAUUGCGAUGUUCUCCAGCCUAAUAGACUUCAAACGCCACCGGACGGACGGCUGUGAUGACCUCAUGUACGUUCCCACUAUCUGCCCCAAGGACGACUGCAAGGUCUUCUUGUCACGGCGCUGCACACAAUUCCCCUCCUUGUCGCUCAGCUCAGCACUCUCUUCCAGAAGUGGAUAACGUCAUUAUUUGAAAUAAUUAUCAGGUGCUUCCGGCUAAAAUGACAUCGUAAUUUCACAACAACGAAUCCCCCAAAAAUUAAAAGCGAGAGGACACUUGUGAAUGACAAACUUUAAACAUUGGGAUUGAUGAUAAGAUGUUUUUAAUAAUUGUUAAAAUGUUUUAAAUCAUUUACAUUUCCAAACAAUUGUUUCAUCAAUCCCAACCUUAAAAAUAAUUUUCUACAAUUAUUCAGAAAAUCUUCAAGUGACUUUCAGCAAGUGUCCUUGGGAAUCAUUUUUCAUUUUGAACCUAAAAUGAGGUAAGAAUCAAUUUCACUUACUUGGUAAACAGAUGAUGGAAAAGGCCGGAUAGAAUCUGAUGGUGCUCCAGUGACAUAUGUGGUGGCACUGGCAUUCUUGUGAUUAUGGGAUGUGUUAUUGGGGUAUGAUGGUCAAAUCACGUUCUUCGCGUGUAAUUUAUUUCUUCAUUUUCUUUACUUUAUUUUUUCCUUUUGCCCUUUGAUUUCUGUAUUUUCUGUGGGCGCUGUAUAGGGAUCAAAUGAUGAAGAUUCUUUGGCAAAAUGUGGGUCUGAUUGAUUGGUGGAUUAUUGGUUUGGUGCUGGGGAGAGACAAUUAAAUAAAAUGCGAUUGCCAUUGGAUUGCUA